AUGCUCUCUGCAUUGGUUGCCGAGCGUUGGCAAGGAAGGGAAAUCUUCAUUGACAGAGAUCCCACAUAUUUCGGCAAGGUACUCAAUUACCUAAGAGAUGGGGGAUAUGUCGUUCUCCCUGAGGACGACAACUCUCUGAAAUGCCUUGAAAGAGAGGCUGAGAUAUUCUACAAUUUACCCGGUCUUGUCGACAUCUGCUCAGCCAAGCUGCAGGUACUUUCUGACGUGGCCGCUCAUUGGAAAAGAAAUGAAGAGCUGUUCAUUGACAGGAAUCCAGAUCAGUUUGCACAAGUGCUGGAUUAUCUGAGAGAUUAUGAAAGAUUCGAUCCUCCAGUCGACAGUUUUGCGCGGAAUCGUCUUCGCAAGGAAGCAGAGUUUUAUAAGCUUCCUGGUCUCGUCGAUAUUUGCUCAACCCCCCUGUGGAGAGUUGGCGAUACGGUUAAUUGGAGGGAAAAUGGCAUUGAUCUAUACUGGGAAUACCUGAUGCAACCUCGGACACCAGCUUUGGAGCGUUUAUCAUCUUUGCAAUGUGUCGGAUGCAGAAGUCAUUAUCACUUUGCUCGUACGGAUGAGAAGUGGAGUGGGUGUGAGAAUUUGUCAACUGGAGAAAUAAGGCAUCGGAUGUUGUCUACGAAGGGCGAGAUAACGGCAGUCCAAGACAGGUGCUGUUAUGUACGAUGGGACAUCGGAGCAGCGGAUCAUUGGGAUACACACGUACCAAAAUUUUUUUUGCGUUUGACACCUAGGUUCUAUAAUAUACCUGGUCUUGCCACGAUGUGCUUACCCGAUGUAAUCGGCUAUGGCGAUUCGGUGCAGUGGAAAAUAAGCGCUAUAGAUACAUACUGGAAGUCUUUUGUAAGGUUUCAAUAUUACGGAAGAAGACAGGCUAAGUGCAUGGCGUGCGGUUCUAAUGUAUACGGUUAUGUGGGGCCAACAACAGAAGCAAAUGGUAUGGUAAUGGUGGAUGGAAAAGUGAUGAAUAAAGUACUUUUGAUAAAUUAUGCGGAAUGGUUACCUCUGAAGCAUCAUAUGAAAGUCAUAAAAGGAUAUGUGCUGCAGCUCAACAGCACUUGCUGCCGUGUAAAAUGGGGCCGUGAUCUGGAAACACAUCUUCCGAAGUCCGCACUACGUUUGGUCAUGUCAAGAUGA